AUGACUGCAGCACGCACGGUUCCCGACUCCGACUCUCUUCCCGACGCGGCAGCAGAUGGUGCGAAAAGACUUGAUACGAAACUAUACGCAUGCACAACUUGCGUUCAACGCAAAGUAAAGUAUCGAAGCACCCCGCCAUCACAACGUCGGAAACGAAAGUCGUGGGCUGUUGAUGAGCGAUAUAAUCAUCCAGCCAAUCAGGUGCUGCUGUUGGAUAAACUACGAGCACAUGAGGCUGCUUUGCGGAGCGCCGGCAUUCCGUUUAGCAGUUUCCUCGAUGAUUGGAAUACGAAUGAAUUGACCGAAGCCAAAGAGGAGGACGAUAGCGGUCUGGAGGUGGUGGAGAGUUCACCCUCUCGAGAAACUUCGCUCCCCGAUACGGGCAACCCCCAGGUACAAAUGCAGGCCAAUGUUUCAUUGAAUUCUUCACGUGCGCAGCGAGGACUUCUGCUGUCUGAGUACGGCGGCAAACGGUACUAUGAUCAUGGAUUUAUAGGAAUUAUGGGCCAAGAAUACAGACAAAGCGCCGAGAAAUCAACAGGGCAACCAGCAGUACGGCCUCAGUCCACGGAAGUCACUGCCGACAUGAUGGCAGCCGCAGUCUUGACUGAUAUGCCGGUAUCAAUGCCGCUGCACUCGAACCAGCAAUACCACCUUCAACCAACGGCUGCUACUCGCAUGACGUAUCUAAGUAUCUUUUUAGACAAUGUCCAUCCGCUCACGAAGAUCGUCCAUGAACCGAGUGUAAAGCAGCUUGUCAAGGACAGCUUGGUGGAUUCUUCGAAUACCAGCAUAACAAACACGAAGAACGCCUUGCUUCUUUCAAUAUACUGUUGUGCUGUGUCGUCUUUAACGGAUGGCCAGUGUCAAAGUAUUUUCGGGGUCAGUCAGCCGGGACUGUUGAGAUCAUUUCAGGAUUCUACCAGGCAUGCUUUGUUGGAGGCAUCUUUUCUUAAGGUUCCUGACUUGGACCUGCUGCGGGCACAUAUCCUCCUUCUGACAUCCAUGUCCCACAACUCUGAUCACUAUGCCUCUUGGAUACUCAUGGGUUCUGCUAUAAGAAUGGCUCAAUCUCAAGGUCUGCAUCGUGACGGUACUCAAUUUGGUCUACCAUCGUUCGAAGUGGAGAUGCGCCGUCGACUUUGGUGGUAUAUUGUUACUCUCGACGCGCGCCUAACCGAGAUCAUUGGCGGCGAAAGCUCUCUGCCAUCGUACAUAGAUACCCGGCUUCCUUCCAAUCUUAACGACUACGACUUGACACCGGAUAUGCCGGCAUUGCCCAAGCCUAGGACAGGUGCUACAGAGAUGACUUUUUGCCUAGCACGAUAUGAAAUAGCAGCGUUUCUUCAAGAACGCUCAAAUUUCAGAUCGCAAGCACAGUCAUCAACUUAUUCCUUACCCGUCAAGAAAAACGAGGGGGAGGAGAAACGCGGGUUUUCAGCGCUAGAGUCACUCCUAGAAGAGAAAUAUCUCCGGUUCUGCGAUCCCGUCGUUCCCAUACAGUUAUUAGCAACCACAAUGAUAAGAUCAACGCUGUGCAAACUAAAGCAAAUGGCCAUUCAUCAGUUGGGUCGACAAACCCCAGAGGACGGCAAUCCCCAACAACACCCGCAAUCGAAUGACCGGAUGAACCGACAUGCACAAAAUCUAGAAAAGCGCCAACGGUCAUUUAACCUCGCAUCAAGAAACUUGCAAUAUGAAAAUCUGAUGCAUGAUAAUAAAUCUUUACAUGGAUAUCUGUGGUUCGCCGAUUUCCAUAUCCCAUGGGGUGGACCAAUCUACAUACUCAAAAGCCUUGCAUAUCGACCGGACUGGGAUGAUGCCAUGCAGACUGCAUGGAACCAGAUUGAGGAGUUGUAUGAAAAUCACCCGGAAUAUAUUGACUCCGAAAAGAUUCUGCAUUUGAUCAUCAACGGCUUGACGCUUAAAGCAUGGUCAGCAAGGGAGGCGGUUCUGAAAGAGAAACGGGUUAUGCAGGGUACACAAUCGGCACCUCCGUUCAUUCUAGCCCUUCAGGCAAGGAAUUCUCAUAGGCCGAAGUAUGGAGGACAUGUCGGUGGUAUAUUAACCGAUCAUGCCGAUAUGGGAUUCUCUGAUAUGGUAGCUGCGCUGGGAUUACAACUGCUGGGCCUAACAAGCGCAAUACCAUACUCCGAAUACAUACUAGCACCUUCUGAUAGAACUUUGUCCCCUGUAUCCGUGUACAACAUCAACGGCACGGUCGAUAAUGCCAUUGCAUUAACAACCUUGGGUACCGGAGAAGCCACCUUCUCUGCUGGCUCAAAUAUUACCUACGACUAUGGCAAAAACAUAGCCGGCAUCGCAUCUUUUGUUGUUAGCAAUUUCAACGCGAGUGCGGCUGGGGAGUUUAUUGGCGUCGGUUUCAGUGAAUCCUCGCUCUGGAUAUCGUCGUACGGUAGUGAUGCCACGAACAAUGCUGGCAUUGACGAAAUCAUUUGGUUCGCCAUCACCGGACCGGGAAAUUACACGGUUGAUUUUGCACAUAAUCGGGGUGGAUUUCGGUACUUGAAUUUGUACCACAAUUCGACUGGGGCGGUCAGUCUGAGUAGUCUGACAACGUACUUUAACGCUGCCCCAAGCCUACAGAACUAUACGGGUUACUUCCACGCUGACGAUGACGACAAACUGAAUCGUGUGUGGUACGCAUCUGCUUAUACGGAUCAGCUAUGUACGAUUCCAUCAGAUCAAGGAAACAGUCUCGCAGACCUUGCCGCGUCUGAUCCGAGUGGCACGACGUACUGGUUCUCAAACAGCACUCUUACCAACGGCUCUACUGCCCUCGUCGACGGCGCAAAGCGCGACAAACUGAUCUGGCCGGGCGAUUUCGGUAUCUCUGUCCCUGCCGUUUUCCUGUCCACAAAUGAAGUAGACACCAUCAAGGUUUCAAUUCAACAACUGUUUGCAGAACAAAAUGCAGCUACUGGUGCGAUGCCUUAUGCUGCUAGCCCGAUCAUUGAAGAUCCGCCAAACUCUGCAGUCUCGGGUAUCACUUCAGUGUUCUCUUUUACUUAUCACUUGCACGGGCUGCUGGGGUUGUAUUACUAUUAUAAGUACACAGGGGAUGCGGAUUUUGUGGCGGAGCAAUGGAAUCGAUUCAAAUUUGCAAUGAACUAUAGUCUGAGCUAUAUUGACGAGUCCGGUCUGGCAUAUAUUCCGGUGAAUAAUCCUGACUGGCUGAGGAAUGAUAUGGGAUAUCACAACAUCGAGGCAAAUUCAAUUCUGGUUUAUACAUUGAAAGCAGGUUUGACAUUAGCAGAGGUGGUGGCAGAUACCUCUGUAACUGCAAACUGGACGUCAACAAUUACCGGCAUCGAGACGGCUGCCAACCAACUCCUCUGGGAUUCUGCGCAGGGAUUAUACAAAGAUAACGAGAACGCAACCAUCUACCCUCAAGACGGAAAUGCAUGGUCGAUCAUUUCCGGAGUCGCCAAUAGCACUACCGCUGUGACAGUCUCGAAUAGCCUUCGAUCCCGCUGGGGUACAUACGGUGCACCAGCCCCCGAGGCCGGAGACACCAUCUCCCCCUUCAUCAGCGGAUAUGAACUUCAAGCUCAUUUCCUCGCUGGACAGCCACAAAAUGCAAUUGAUCUCAUCCGAUACAUGUGGGCUGAUUUUAUGCUUGAUGAUCCUCGUAUGACAAACUCGACGUUUAUAGAAGGAUAUGAUAUUUCAGGAGCACUUCAUUACCCUGCGUAUUCAGAUGAUGCGCGUGUGAGUCACGCGCAUGGCUGGUCGACGGGGCCGCUACUUGCGCUCAGUUCGUAUGUUGCCGGCUUACAGGUACUCAAUUCUACAGAUUGGAUAGCAUAUCCACGACCAGGAAAUUUGUCUGCGUUCGAAGCGGGAUUUGAGUUAAGUUAUGGUAGUUAUGCGUCUUCAAUCAAAGUUGAGAGUGACUGCACAACGUACUCGCUGUCUACGCCGCAGGGGACUUCUGGGUCAAUCAUAUUGGAUGUUCCCGCAUAUAAUGCUCAUAUUACAGUUACUGGUGCGAAGAAAGGAUUCUUCUGGGCUCAGAAGGUGGACGCCUGGACUGGUGGCGCAAGGCCACGUGGUAUCUCUUUUUGGGGACCUCAGGAUUCUACGAGUGGAACUGUGGAGAUCGAUGGGGUUCCAGGUGGUGAUUAUACUGUUAGUAUACGGCGGGCGUGA